AUGAGUUAAAAUUUUUGUAUCAAAAAUUUAUAAUCUAAAAUAUUUUAAUAACUAUUUCAAACAAUAUCUUAAAAUAAAAGUAAAUAAUCCGUGCUUAAUUAUGGUUAUUAUGUUGGGAGAUUGUGGAGCAGACAAAACAACGAUUUUAAAUAAGUAAGACGAUCUACUUAAGUAAAAUUUUUUUGGAUAUCAAUUCUAAUACAGAAACAACCAUUGGAGUAUAACAUCAUUCAUUCACAAGAAAUAAUGCUAAAUUUUCAAUAAGGGAUACUGCAGGACAGGAAAAGUACAGAUCCAUAGUGUCAAGGUGUUGAUCUAUUUUAUAUAAAGCCAUGAAAAAAAAGCAAAAGCUGCGAUUGUGGUUUAUGAUUGUUCAAAUGAAUCAUCUUUUUUUUUUACAUAUUGAUAAAUGGAUAGAAGAAUUUGUUUUCUAAGCUGGUGCAAAUGUUAAAAUUGCAUUAAUAGGAGUAAAUAAAUCUAACAAACAAUUUUGGUUAGAAUAAAAUAGACUGAUAAAACUUCGACAUAAACGAGCAUACUUAAAAAUUAACUGAAUAAUAUGAUAUUGCAUAUCAAAUUUAAAUCAAUCAUUAAGAUCUAGAAUUCAAAGACAAGAUGAAUAAAUUAUUAGACAACAUUAGUAUAAGUACAGAAUCAAUCUUAUUUUUAUAUUUGGGAUUGAUACCUCUAAACUAGUAAGACUAAUCACCAAUUUCGAAUCUUAAUUUAUAGGAUAAUAAUGAUUAAGUUAAUGUGAUUGAAUUUAAUCAUUAAAAAGAUUAACUAAUAGAAGUGUUGGCGAGCAAUAAUAAUCAAGAAGUAAAAAGUUGUGAAUGUUGA